AUGUCUGACCUCUGCCCCGUUACGCUCCCUUCUUCGGUGCCAUGCGCCAUCGUAUUCACCUGCAUCGGUGCUAGUUAUGGGACUGCAAAGUCAGGAGUCGGCAUUUCCGCCAUGUCCGUCCUCCGCCCCGACCUGAUGAUGAAGUGUGUUAUUCCCGUCAUCAUGGCGGGUAUCAUUGCUAUCUACGGUCUCGUCGUGUCGGUCUUGAUCUCCGGACAGCUCGCCAUGCGCAUGUCCCUCUUCCAGGGCUUCGUGCAGCUCGGUGCAGGUCUCUCCGUCGGUCUUGCAGGUCUCGCGGCAGGUUUCGCUAUUGGUAUCGUCGGUGACGCCGGUGUGCGGGGAACUGCCCAGCAGCCACGACUCUUCGUCGGCAUGAUCCUCAUUCUUAUCUUCGCCGAGGUCCUGGGUCUUUACGGUCUCAUCGUUGCUCUCAUCAUGAACUCCGCGGCUUCGGACGCUGUUGGCGUUUGCACCGUAUGA